UCUAGAAUUUGAAAUAUCAGCGUCACAUUUUAAUGUAUGUAUGUACACUGGAUUGGGGCUAUUUAAAAUACUAGCAGUAUGCUUGCUUUACAGCCCAUGUAACGGCCAACUUGAAGGAGACUCUCUCUGUUGGAGUAUUUGCAGCUUAGUGUACUGGAAUGAAUGCUUCAGUUCCACAGGACCUGGGUGAGUACCGAGGAAACGAAGAAUGAGCUAUCAACUGGAACCAGCUUCACGGCGGAAAUAAUCUCCAUGAGAACACCACGUCCUUCCCGUACGCCAAGCAGUCAAUCUAAUUCAUCGGACAGUCAGCCUGCCAGACCUACCAGGAAGCAAACCACACCGAACACGCACAAGACCACACCAGCAAACGGAAGCUGUGACAGACAAGGAAACAGGACACAAGUGAACGUACCAGCCAUCGUGCUGGGAAUCGUUCUGUCAGUAGUACUCCUGCAGAUCUUUCUACUGGUGUUCCUCUGGCGCCGCGGAACACUAGCAAAGCUGAUUAUAAAUUUAAAGCCCUCAUUCCACAAGAGCACCUCCUUCCGCACCUCUGCAACCAAUCAGCAAAGACAACGCGUACGGUCAUUUACCGAGGGGCUCAAACGAGCUAAAUACGGCAGAACCUGAGAGCGCGAAAUCCACGGACGAAGUGGGCAAAUACCACUGUAUAGACGAAUCGGGCGACAAACAGGCGAUUGACCGCUACAUGAAAAAUGGGCGAGGGUGCCUCCCUGCAGUGAAGGCUCAAGCUGGGGUUGGACAAACUCCGGAAAUCCCGAGAGACCACGGAUGUCUUCAGGUGGAUGACACCGAAGCUGCCUCUACGGACCCGCACUACUGUGCCCUCGAGAGUCCAAGCUAUGAAGAACGUCUGUAUACUCCUCUAAAACAACAACAAAAGGAUUCUGAAGGACAAGAACCAACCACUUGAAACGACAGCUCCCAUGCGUACGACCACCUCAACGUGGCUGUAAUAGGCCAAAGCGCGAAAGAGGGUGCGCACUCCAAAAAGGCAUCUGGUUACGAGGAGGUCACUGCCUUGGCACCAGGCGAUAAUGACGCAUGUGAAGCAUCCCUAUAUGAUCACCUCGGUAGAGUGGCAGGCAAACGUAUUAAUACAGGUGCCCCAUCGAACAUAGACGAAGGUGGUGACUACCAACAUCUCGAUAACAGUCCUGGCUACGACCAUAUCACAUUUCAGGACAGCAAAAUGCCUUAAAUUAAGCAGAAAUAAAACGAAAUAAUACACACAACCAACAAAACGAAAACGCAACCUAACAACAGCUUCAACAAACAUUACCACCUCCAACCAACCACAACAUAUGGCAACCAAAACGACGGCUAAACGUCUUUCAGUUUAAGUCAAAAUAUGACCAUUCCCUCGAGGUACCAUGAAGGCCAAAAUAUUCGCUAGAAGAUCCCAAUCAUAUCUACGCCUUCAGCGAACAAAAUGCAACCUGUUCUAUAAUGGCCAUACAGACUUGUGAAUUUGAAAAAAAAAAAAAAAAAGAUCGCACACGAUCGCACUAAAGCUAAUUUGUCUGUCGUAUCAUAUUGUUCCUGCACCGGGUCCAAAUCAUAGUGUUUCAUUAUAUAACAUAUAUGUUUCUUGUCUGUUUAAAUCAGCUCUGUUUAUGAAAAAAACUCCUUGUGACAGCAUCACGUCAUAUACAAAUCCCGCACACUGAAGAGACUGAUUUUGUACAGAAAAGAUCACCGAACUUUAAAAUGAGUUGUUUGUAAUGUUCGCAAAAUGUGUGUAUGUUUAUUUGCUGAAUUUGUGUUUAUCGUCAAUCAAAUUAUCUAUGUACCCGGCCCUUCAGCUUCAUGAAGUGAGAGCCAGUUUUGAUGAAUAUUCUUUCGAUGUCAAGGUCACCCCGAAGAAAGGACGAAAAUGAGAGAAGUUCUUGACAACGUCUUAAAAAGUGAAAGGUUUUGAAAUGACGGGUAUAUUAGAAAUCUUAUUUGAGUACGUAAAUAGGUGCAUUGAUUUGGACUUAGGUUCAUUGUUUCCUUUGACAAAUUUUCAAAUGUUCCUUUAAUUCUUCUUAAAUCUAAAAUACACAGGAUCAGCGCAAAUGUUACGAAAAACAAAAUAAAUGACUGUGUUCAUAUU